AUGCAUCUCGUCGAAUUCUUUCUAAUUUUUGGCAUUCCUGUGCUCACGUAUGCCACCCACGUUCCUCCUAAAGGCCUCUACUUUGUGGGCAUUGGCUAUAACCUGCUGAAAGGGAACCCAGAGGGAGGAGCUUCAAGCAUUGGAGGUAUUGAUCCUGGAUUGCUUUCUACGAGGAAGAUCUUUCAGCUGACAUGGAAGACAAAUAAGUUGUCCAGCGAUAAGAAGUAUAAUGUCCCGGAUCAGGUCAGUUUUGCCCCUUUUCAUUCAUGCGUGGAGGAAAAAAGCGCCAACGCGGUUUUUGGCGCUAAAAGUUAUCAAGAGGAGCUGAAGGUAGAAGUGGGUGCUGAAGGUAAGAAUUCUUCACGAAUUUUCGGCAACCUAAUCAUUUUAUGUACAAACUGAAAAGCAUAAGACAGAAUUACAAUUAUUAUAAUUAUAUAUCAAACACCAGAGAAAUACCAAUUGAGCUGUUGUGAGAAUUUUAAUAUAAUUUGAGACGACAACGCCGUUGAUGUGGUUACAUAAUUAAUAAUUAUUCCUCGAGCCCGAGCGGGCUCUGAGUCAAUAGCCCAUGGGGCCGAAGGACGAAUGAGCUAUUGACUCAGAGGCCAUGAGGGCGAGAGGAAUAAUUGUUUUGGUAAAAUCCAACUAGUUGGUCAAAAAUAUCGAGACAAAACAACUUUAGCUAGCAAAACGCGAUUGAGCCGCCACUGUUUCGGUUUUCAAAGCCGGCGCUUUUUGCUACUAGUGGGCUAUAACAUAUAGCCUAGUAGUAGGUCAACCAAUCAGCCUUUUUGUUUCCGCUUUUCAACAAACCGGCUACUUAAUCAUUAAGAUAUUGGUACUGUAAAUUACCAGAUAAAUGUGACAAUGUGACAUCUAACCUGAUAAUUGACUCUUUUUGUUUUUCAGCUGGGUACACAGGAGGACUGUGGAGCUUUUCUUUCUCUUUAAGCUCAAGUAUGACAAACACCACUGUUUGAAUUUUAGAACCUUGUCUAUUUUAAUUUCUAGGCCUUGCAUGAAUCGCUUAUUACCCAUGGUUUAACCCCCGCCUUAUUUUGUUUCCUACUUUUGUGACUGUAGACACGAAAACCGAUCGAUGUAUCUAUCAGCAAUGCGGCUUGCCAUCUCUUAUCUGCAGCGUUCAGUGUGCUUGAUUUUAGUGUUGUCCUUCAAUUCUGGCCUACUUUCACUUUUUUCACUGACAGCUCAGUGCUAAAAUAAUGCAAGGAGCCAAAAAACUCAUAAAGGGCAGUAGUAACUGAAACGUCUAAGUAAUUCUGACUUGAGUUGGACUCUUAAAAUUCCGAUCCAUUAUGGGAACAUGUAAGGGUGUGUUGCGUAAUACAACUCCAUAAGCUGUCUUGUAAGUUUCUGCUCUUCUGUGUGUUAGCACUUUAAGUCACCUUCAACUCAAAGAUCUAUCUUUAUUUACUAUAGCUCGUAUUAGGUUCCGGGAAAACUAGCACGAUACACGCGAUCCGCAGAGUCAUUAUUAAUUCCCUAUUUUAACAUCACCUGAGUCUUACUUAAUCUGCGUAUUCACUUGAUUAGUUCGUCCCUAUUAUCUUAGUGCUUGAAAGGAACCGCUACCAUUAACACAGUUUUAACCGUUUACUGCCAAUCGUAAAGUAAAAAGGGUGCUGAAAUAUUGAAAUAUUCCUGCAAGUAUUUUGAUUUUUUUUCUUAUUUUUUCUUUUCCAAUUAGGGUAUGCACAGAUGAAAAGGGAGACUUCGGAGUACCACAACGUGUAUUAUGUUGAGAAAAAAGUGUGCAAUCGAGGUCGAGUUCGGUUCCAGUGGACAUUGUCAGUUCAAAAGGAGUAUCCAGUGUCUGAAGAAUUUGCUGCAGAAGUUUGUCUCUUACCAGAGAAAUACGAUGAGCAAAAAUAUCUCCAAUUUAUUGACGACUGGGGAACGGUAAGCCUACUAGUCAAGUGAUUAAACAUGUUUGUUACUCUAAAAAAGUUGUGAAUCUUGGGUGACUAAGAAGCGAAAUCUUGCGGUUACGUACCACUAAAAAAAAACCUCUACACAAGAACUUUUCAGUGCACGCCAGGUACAACCUCGAACAAACCAGAGAGGCAAACUUGGUCAGUUUCCUCCGUCCCCCCCUUCACAAAGGAUUAUUAAUAUUGGUUUUUAGCUAAAUUUAUCUACGUGCGCCGUUAAAUCAUGGCUUGCAAAAUACAAUUUUUUUGCUAGGUUCAAGAUUUUUAAUUAUACAGCAAUUUUAUAAAAUGUUGAUUAGAAUCUGUGUGCCUUUUUAGCAUGUUGUGAUUGAGGUGGAGCUAGGAGAAAAGAGCACCUCACACUACAAAAGUUCUUGGGCUAAUCUGACCAGCUACGCCAUGGAAAACGUAAGAAUUGUGUGUUGCUAUUAUCACGCGAGAAAUAUGCUGUCGAAAGUUUAACCACCCGCAGAACUAAGCGCACUGAAGAAUUUAUUUAAGACUUUGACAUGUUAUUUUUAGGAGUUUCUACCAACGUGCAUAUGGAUUUUACUUAUCCUGGCGGGAUCAAAGAUUACUUAAUUAGAAUGAAAGAAAUGUUAAUUUAGUUAUCAUACUACAUGAAAAAUUACUGCAAUUUGAUUGGCUUAGAGCAGUAGUAUUUCAGCUUAAUUUGAAAUACCUACAUGUGAAAAUUACAAACCUUUUGUGGGUAGUAGUAUAAACAAAUAAUAGCAUGAUUUGUAUGUGAUAUUUGGCGUAAAUACCACUCGUGAUAUUUCAAAAUUGUCUCAAAUUUCACUCGCCUAACGGCUCGUGAAAUUUCGUAUAACAAUUUCGAAAUAUCACUCGUGGUAUUUAUGCCAAAUAUCACUACAAAUCAUGCUAUUACCUACACUUAUCAAUUGUUUAAAUUAUUAUUAUUAUUAUUAUUAUUAUUAUUAUUAUUGUUAUUAUUAUUAUUAUUAUUAUUAUUAUUAUUAUAACAGCUGCGAAAGACUAGGAGUAACUUCUUGCGGCGAGUGUUGCGCCUUAAAUUUUUAUAGUAUUUUUACUUCAUGGCAUGGGAGAGGAAGGUUAAAACAUUUCACAAAAGUGUCAAUAAAGACUUCGGAUAUCACUCUGUUGCUUUUAAAAUUACUUGCAGCUUGGCAACUCGGUGUCUCUUGGUGGUGGUUUUGGAGGAUACAGUGCCUCGUUGUCUGUUAAUGUUGAAACAUUCAAGGAAUCUAUGAACCAAAAGACCAAAUUUGGUUCCAGCAAGAAGGUUUACAAGAGUGGAGGUCCAGAUAUGCCGUCUCCUAUACGAAUCAAGCUGGAACCAAUAUACAACGCUUUGGGAGUUGCUUUCUUUAAAAAGCAUUUACAGCAACACCCGAAUUGUAACUUUAGCGUUCAGGCGCUAAGUCAACUGAAGAACAACAUUGAGAAACUGUUUAAAGCAUAUCCUCAACUAAAAGGGGCUGAAAAAGGCCAAGGUAGGCAUAUCCUUUCUUCAAAAUAA